CUUUAACCGUCUGUUCCUCGGCUACUGCUCAGCCGUCCACGCGGCCCAGACACGUCGCUUGAAUCCCACGCGCGAAUAUCGGCAUAGCAAACUGGUAACGCUGCUGCCAAAAGCACGCCAAUCUUCAAGGUUCGAAGAACAUACGAUUCUGCAGCAAUGGCCACCGCUCGCAAGCGGCCUCGGCCGGAGGAGUCCACUGAAAACGUGGCCGACUGCCCGUUCACUGUUAUACAUCCGGAUCCCAAUGAGAAGGAGAAGAAGACAAAGCGCCGCGGUGGCGGCUCAGAGGAUCGGCCCGUGCCUCCGCCAAAAAUUGACCUCCAGGUCUCGCCAUUCUCUCCCAUCGGCAAGUUUAACGCUAAGGACAACACCAUGGACCGCCACUACCAGAUCGCUCCGUUUGCCAAGUGGAUGGACAUGACCAGAUAUAACAGCUUCGUUUUGAAUGGUGUCAAGUACCACAGCGAGGGCUUCGUCUUCGUCGCAAAUGACAACACUAUUGAGCGCCAGAAGAACCCCGGCGAGUCCCGUCAACCUAGAAAGAAGUCGGAUGACGACUGGGUCGCAAGGAUUCUCGAAAUUCGCGCUGCGGACGAGCAUCACGUGUAUGCGCGCGUCUACUGGAUGUACUGGCCUGACGAGCUGCCGGCUGGCACGACAGAAGGAAAACGGGUCAUCAAGGGUAGACAGCCUUACCACGGCAACAACGAGCUCAUCGCUUCCAAUCACAUGGAUGUCAUCAACGUCGCCAGUGUCACGGCAAGCGCAACUGUUCAUCAGUGGGACGAGACAAAUGAAGAUGAAGUACAGCCGGCUCUGUACUGGCGCCAAGCCUUUGACGUGCGAACCAUGGACCUCUCGUCCGCCGAAGAACGUUGCCACUGCAAUCGUCCCGAAAACGCCGACAAGAAGCUCAUUGGCUGUACCAACGAGGCGUGCCGCAAGUGGCUGCACGACGAUUGCCUGGUCCACGAAGCUCUACUCCGCACUUUCGCACGCCUCGGAACUAACAAGCCUCACAAGCCGACGCCCGUCAAGGACGAGCAAGAUAACGAGACUGGCUGCCUGCCUCCGUCGCCCAGCGAGUUCGGAGCAGCAACAACGGCCGAUCCCUCUAUUGAUGUGAAGCCCGAGGAGCAAAACACCGUCAAAAUGGCUGAUGUCGUCAACGUGCUUCCCAUUAUCACGGCAGAGCGCACGGGACAGGCGCCCGAACCAAAAAGGAGAGGCCGCGGCCGCAAAUCAGAUGCCCAGAAGGCAAAACCAUACGAGGGUUAUUUCUCUGCCAUCAUGAGAAGUGACGUCAGUCCGCCACUUGUCGAGAUUACUGAUCUGCGGGAAGAAGUGACCGGGGGUCUCAAGAAGUGGACGGAGCCUCUGGACUGCCUUGUUUGUGGCCAGCAAAUCCAAUAAACCAGGAAACUCUCGCAUUUGUUGGCAGAGUUUUGCUGGAGGCACAGCAGCAAGGACGAUAGAGGCUUGUGGAACAGACGAUCGGUAGACGAGAUCUCGCGCUUUCCGGUGGUCCGGUCUACGCGAGGCUAUGCUACUAGGUGCCAGCUCCCAAGGAUUUUACGGCAUCGCUUUGUAGAGACGAUCCUUAGGAAUGGUCAAAAAUGGGUGCAAAGUCCAAGAGAUUCGGUUCAAAGUGGAGUACUGUACAGUACAUGUAUGAGUGGUAGUAUCAAGAAACGUCCACGAUCUACUCCCUCGCGUCACUCUCGCCGGAAGUAUUUACGUGCCCGGGCGUGAUUGAGAGAUUAUGAAGUGAUGGAUAGACUUGGAGUUACUAAAAGGACUGUAGCUCAUCGAACUUGAUUACGACGCCAUUGAAUUGGAUGCCUCC